GGUGACGACGCUCUCGGGACAGACGCUGUCGAGUCGCAACCAGGACGAGUGGUCACGGGGCGUGCGCCGAGGCGAGCAAGGCCAAGUCCCCGUCUCUGACGAUUUGCGGCGCCAGCCUUCGUGGCCUGAGCAGAUUUGUUGCGCAUUCUGGGUGCGCAUCGACCGAGGCUACGAUCGAUUCCACAAUCGCACAGGGCACGCCCAACAACCCAAGGGCAGGGAAAGACGUCUCCAGGGCCGCAUAGUCCUCUGUUAGUUACGAUAGCCUGCGCUCCCGCAGGACCAUUCCCGUUACCUCGACAUCCCAACCACCCAAAACCGAGACAUGGCCUCCCGCUUCUCUGAGCUAUGGUCGGCCGUGACUGCAUCCUUCCAGCCCACCGAACGCUUCCAGCGACCCCGGCUCCGGACCCGCCCGCAUAGCUCGGGCGGCCCUAUUCCACGUCCGUCCGAAGAUAACGCUGGCAGUCUCCUGAUGGCGCCCGAUGACGGCCCCGAUGCCCAUACCACACAAUCGUCGUCUCUGGGGCGGCCGCUGAUAUCACUACCGGCUCCUGGCUCGUCGCCGCUCAACCGUCCAAAGUCGGUUCCCGAAACAAGAGUGCCAGCCGAAGACCCGGAGCAACGUGCCUCGGUCAAUUUGAUCGAUUUGGACGAGCCCGAGGAUACUUGGAAGGAGAUCUAUGAAGACUUCACCACAAUAGAUUGGAUGAGAGAUUUCAUGCGCGACCACCGCAGGCAAAACAAGAUCAAGCUGGACAACCAGUGGACGGGCUGGGAGGCCCAGAUUCGAGUAAUCUUUGAUGCAACCCAGUCCUGGAUCCUGAUCUCGAUCGUAGGCGUGACCAUUGGAGUUAUAGCAUCCUGGAUUGCGGUCGUGGCCGCUUGGCUCACCGACGCCCGUAUCGGAUAUUGUCGGGCCGACUGGUAUCUAACCAAGAGCGUGUGCUGCGCCGGUCUUGAUCAUCACGACGAACACUGUUCGGACUGGAUCGACUGGAGCACAGCCUAUUUUGGCGGAUCCUUUUUCGUUGUCAAUCUAUUGGCUUACGUGCUCAUGUCGACUGUAUUUGCGACCCUAUGCUCGAUCUUUGUCGUCAAGAUUGCACCGUACGCCACCGGAUCCGGCACACCUGAAAUCAAGACUAUUCUAGGCGGCUUUAUCAUCAAGGGAUUCUUUGGGCUGCGCACCCUGAUUGUGAAGACAAUUGGUUUGCCUCUCACCGUGGCAUCUGGACUAGCUGUGGGAAAGGAAGGGCCCAUGAUCCAUGCCGCCUGUUGUGUUGGAAACAUCUUUCCUCGAUUCUUUCCCAAGUACCACAAUAACGAGGGCAGGUUGCGAGAGAUCCUUUCCGCUGCUUCUGCUGCGGGCGUAGCCGUCGCCUUUGGUGCACCCAUCGGCGGUGUGCUAUUCUCGCUGGAGGAACUGAGCUCGUACUUCCCCUCCAAGACCAUGGUUCGAAGCUUUUUCUGUGCCCUAGUAUCCUGCGUAACGCUUCAGAUCAUCGACCCAUAUAGAGGCAAGCGAGUCAUGUAUCAAGUCACCUACUCGCGCGAUUGGUACUUUUUCGAGGUUGUGUUUUUCCUCUUGAUCGGUCUGUUUGGAGGUCUCUGUGGCGCUCUCUUGAUUCACCUCAAUUUGCGAGUGCAAGCCUUUCGGAAACAUUCGUGGCUGCAAAAGUUCCCGAUCACCGAAGUGGCUGUACUUUCGGCCGCCACGGGAUUCGUGUUCUACCUCAACAUGUUCACUCGGAUCGACUCGUCCGAGCUAUUGGAGUAUCUGUUCAAGGAAUGUGCCGAAUCCGAUUUCCACGGACUAUGCGAUGACAACCGAAUGGUCGGAACGCUCUUGCUACUGGGGAUUGCCUUGGUGACGCGAAUGGCACUGACAACAGUUACAUUUGGAGUCAAAGUCCCGGCCGGUAUUUUUAUCCCGUCGAUGGUCAUCGGAGCUCUGUUUGGGCGUAUCCUAGGUAUUCUUGUCCAGGCGUGGCAUCGACUCUCUCCAGACCUUCCUCUAUUUGCCGAGUGUCAUCCCGAACGGCCAUGCGUAACCCCGGGCAUGUACGCUCUCUUGGGUGCCAUCGCAACAUUGGGCGGAGUCACUCGGAUGACAGUUUCGCUGACGGUGGUUAUGUUUGAGCUUACGGGUACCCUCGACUACAUCCUGCCUUGUAUGAUCACGCUGAUGGUCGCCAAGCUCGUCGGAGAUGCCUUCCAAGAAGGUGGAAUUGCCGACAUUCUGAUCCGUGUCAACAAGUUUCCGUUCCUGGACCACAAAGAGGACUCGAUCAUUGGCGUUGCCGCAGAUGAGGUGAUGACCCCCAUUGAUGAGUUGGUGUGCUUUCCCAGCACGGGCAUGCGCAUCUCGAGCAUCGAGAAAGUGCUCUCUGAGGUGGAUUACAAAGGAUUCCCGGUCGUAAAGAGCGCCGAGGACGACUCGCUGAUAGGGUACAUCAGCCGCAGCGAUUUGAAAUAUGCCUUGGAGAAGGCAAAGACCCGAGCUGGCAUCGGGAGUCAAGCCCCUGUCUUCUUCGACGAUGUCGAGGUUAUAGGCAACUUGUUUCUUCCCAGAGGCAUCCGCGUUCGCUCCACAGGCGCAUCUUCAAGCCGGAUGAGCAGCGGCGAGUCGGCACAAUCGCUGGACUUGACGACGUAUGUCGAUCGGACGCCGCUGAGUGUCCAGCCUGAGGUUCCGGCCGAGACGGUCAUGGACCUGUUCAAGAAGGUUGGUCCACGAUACAUCCUCGUCAAGCGCAACGGCAGACUCCGGGGCAUCAUCACUAAGAAGGACCUGCUCACGGCGCUCCACGGCGACGACGAGGGCUGGGACAAGAUUCUUGCUUCGAUGCGCUACUUUGAAGAUCUCCACCCGUAUCUACGCUUCGACGACUCUGCACCUGGCCGGGCGAGCAUGGACGGCUUGAUACGCAACAGUGGGAGCGAUGCUGGUGCUGAACUGAAUCCCCGCCAGCAGCGAGUGCGAGCCCGUCGGCAUCUGUCGAGCCUGGCCAUGUCCUCUCCACAACGCAGUACUAUCCGAGCAAGCAGCCCGCAGGAGCCGAACCCUGAGCCCGAUCAUGAGAUGCAAGGUUUCCUCAGCUCCCGCCGCUGACAUGACUUGUGGUCGCCUCGUGCUCGGAAGUUCAAUAUAGUUCGAGAUCAAUGACCAAAUGAUUUGUCCACCAAAACAUUGUGUGCUGGCCAUGACCGCCUGGCUCUAUCAUCAGCGCUCAAACGGGAUACCUGAUGGGAGGCGAGGAUGUCGUCUCCGAGCGGGCGAUCCCUCGCUCGCAUAGCAAGUCCAGUCCGCACGUUGUAAUCAUUGAGGUGUUUCGACGCCGCGAC